ACUCUCAGGGACCCGAUAUUUCAACCACUGCUAAAUCAAAGAAUGCUGACAAAAAUGAGGCGAAAAGAAAAGCAAAACUUGAAAAAUUUGCCGCAAAACAGGCGAAAAUCUCUACUGCAAAUAAUGUAGCUGAAGGCGAUAAAAAAAAGGAAAAAGAGAAAAAACCCAAAGCUGAGAAGACAAUAACAAAGGAGGAGGAAUUCAUCGAUGAUACCCCUGUUGGUGAAAAAAAGGAUAUGUCCAAACCUAUGGCUUCAUCUUAUAAUCCUAAAGCUGUUGAGUCCGCUUGGUACACAUGGUGGGAAAAACAGGGCUUCUUCAAACCAGAAUUUGCCGCGGAUGGUAAACCAAAAUCAGAAGGACUAUUCGUGAUUCCUGCUCCUCCACCAAAUGUAACAGGCUCCCUUCAUAUUGGUCAUGGCUUAACUGUUGCUAUUCAGGAUACUUUGAUAAGAUGGAACAGAAUGUUGGGCAAAACUGUGUUAUUUAACCCUGGUAUAGAUCAUGCUGGAAUUUCAACUCAAUCCGUUGUAGAAAAGAAACUUUGGGCAGAGAAACAACAAACUCGUCAUGAUUUGGGUCGCGAAAAAUUCAUUGAAGAAGUUUGGAAAUGGAAAAAUUUGUACGGUGACAGAAUUCAUAAUCAACUGAAACGUUUAGGUGGUUCAUAUGAUUGGGACCGCUCUGUUUUUACUAUGGACAAAAAAUUAUCCAAUGCUGUUACGGAAACUUUUUGUCGUUUACAAGAAGAAGGAAUAAUUUAUAGGGCAACUCGAUUGAUUAAUUGGUGUGUUAGAUUAAACACCGCUUUAUCAAAUCUUGAAGUUGAGAAUAAGGAAUUAACAGGGCGUACACUCGUAACGGUACCUGGAUAUGAUGUAAAAGUAGAAUUUGGUGUUCUGACAUCAUUUGGAUACCCAAUUGAAAAUUCUGACGAAAAAAUAAUUGUUGCCACAACUCGACCGGAAACGAUGUUGGGUGAUACUGCGGUAGCUAUUCAUCCCCAGGACGAACGAUACAAGCAUCUUCAUGGAAAAUUUGUAAUCCAUCCCUUUAAUGGCCGUAGGAUACCCAUCGUUCUUGAUGAUAUUGCCGUAGAUAUGUCCUUUGGAACGGGUGCAGUAAAAAUCACUCCUGCACAUGAUUUUAAUGAUUAUGAAGUUGGAAAGAGACAUAAUCUAGAGUUUAUCAAUAUUUUUAAUGAUGACGGCACCCUUAACGAAAAUGGUGGCCAAUUUCAAGGCAUGAAACGAUUUCAUGUUCGUAACUCCGUUGUAGAUGCCCUUAAAGAGAAAGGCUUAUUUGUUGGAACACAAGAAAAUCCUAUGACUAUUCCUCUUUGCGCUAAAUCUGGCGAUGUAAUAGAGCCCAUUUUGAAACCCCAAUGGUGGGUUAGUUGUACGGAUAUGGCACGCGAGGCGAUGAAGGUUGUUACAGAUGGAAAACUUCGUAUUUACCCAAAAACUUCUGAAAAAGAUUGGUUCAGGUGGCUUGGAUCUAUUCAAGAUUGGUGUAUAUCUCGUCAACUUUGGUGGGGACAUAGAGUCCCUGCUUAUUUCAUUAAGAUAGCAAACAAAAUUCAGGACUCAUCAGAUGGUGCAUAUUGGGUGUCUGGUCAUAAUAUUGAUGAGGCAAAUGAAAAAGCCAAGAAAAAAUUUCCAAACGUUGAAUUUACUUUGGAACAAGAUCCAGAUGUUUUAGAUACGUGGUUUUCAUCAGGACUGUGGCCGUUUUCGAUCUUUGGUUGGCCUGAAAUGACUGAUGACUUAGCUAGUUUCUAUCCGACAUCACUAUUAGAAACUGGUUGGGACAUUUUAUUUUUCUGGGUAGCUCGAAUGGUUAUGUUAGGAAUUAAGCUUACUGGGCAAGCCCCGUUUAAUGAAAUUUUUUGUCAUGCAAUGAUUCGUGAUGCACAUGGACGUAAAAUGAGUAAAUCCUUGGGUAAUGUAAUAGAUCCAGUAGAUGUGAUUCAAGGUAUAUCCUUGGAAAGUUUACAUGCCAAACUAUAUGAGGGAAACCUCGAUAAACGUGAAAUUGAAAAGGCUAAGGCUGGUCAGAAAGCGGACUAUCCAAAUGGUAUUCCUGAAUGCGGCACAGACGCUUUACGGUUUGCAUUGUGCGCCUACACUUCAACUGGUCGGGAUAUUAAUCUCGAUAUUCUCCGUGUGGAAGGAUAUCGUAAAUUCUGUAACAAAUUAUGGAAUGCUACUCGAUUUGCUUUGAUGAAGUUGGGAACUGACUUUAAACCAAGGCCCGACGCAAAUAUAACUGGAAAAGAAUCACUUGCUGAGCUAUGGACGUUACAUAAACUUAACCAAUCUAUUAUAGACACAAACAAAGCUCUUCAUGAAAGAAAUUUUAUGAAUGCUACAACAGCUGUAUAUAGUUUUUGGCUAUAUGUGCUAUGUGAUGUCUACAUUGAACUGAUAAAACCACUGACAGCAGAUGAUUCAAUAUCAUCAAAUGCCGAAUGUAAACGUUCCGCUGAAGAUACACUAUACACUUGUUUGGAGGCUGGUCUCAAAUUACUUCAUCCAUUUAUGCCAUUUGUAACAGAAGAAUUAUAUCAACGAUUACCUCGACGUCCGGGUGAUGAUAAUUCAACAAUCGUCAAAGCAAAAUAUCCGCUUGAGAUACCAGAAUAUCACAAUCCACACGCUGAAGAGCAAUUUGAUCUUGUAUUUUCUGUUGUCAAAGCUGCUCGAUCCCUUAUUGUUGAAUAUAAUAUUCAAUCAAACGCAUCGCUUUUUAUACAAGUCGCCUCUGAUUCACUCAUAACAUUGUUUACUGCCCAAGAGCAAAGCAUUGUCACUUUGACUAAAGGAGCAAAAUCUGUCCAUGUUUUUCAACAUGGUGAAACUAUUCCUGCUGGUUGCGCUUUAAGCACAGUUACUGAUGAAAUAAAUGUAUUGCUUAUGGUUAAGGGAUCCGUAAAUAUUGACGCGGAGGUUGCAAAAUUCCAAAGUAAACUUGAUAAAACAACACAAGUAUUAACAACGCUACAGAAAAAAGUACAAAUCCCAGAUUACGAGUCUAAAGUCCCAAUAGAUGUCCGUGAUGCUAAUGAAGCCAAGCUCAAGGCCUACCAAGCAGAAAUUGAAGCAUUAAACCAUAGUAUUCAAAACUUUUUGAAAUUGAAAGAUAUUGUUGGAAUAGAAGGUGUUGUUAGGACAGAAGAUGUUGUUAAGAUAAAAGGUGUUGGGAUAGAAGGUGUUGUUGGAAUAAAAGAUAUUGGGAUAAAAGAUGUUGGAAUGGAAGGUGUUGUUGGGAUAGAAGGUAUUGUUAGAACGGUUGAGAUAAAAAGGAUUGCUAAAAUGAAGAGUCUUGUUGGGAUAAAAAGUAUUGUUAAGGCAAGAGGUCUUG